AUGAAAAUUGACCAGUAUUUGGGUGGGAGGCGUUGUCGCAAAGAAGGACGGCUGCGAUUGGUGUGUGUUUAUGACGGUGGAAAUAGUCGACACGCAUUCGGCGGCACCCCGUCGGCUGUCCGAAAUGAAACGAGUGCAUGUUGUCGCCUCUCGUGUGUUGUGGAACCAGCACUAAUUCUUCAUGUUCGACACAGCUUUCCUGUCAGAAUUUUGAUUACUUCCGUUUUCUUUCCCCCUUUCAGUUUCUUUCUUUUUCUUCCUUUUUUUCUUUUUCUUUCUUGUUCUUUCUAUUUCUUUCUCGGUAUUUAUUUUUCUUUUCUUUUUUUUCUCUUUCUUUCUUUUUCUCUUUUCUUUUUUCUUUCUUUUUCUCGUUCUUUCUGUUUUUCUCUCUUUCCUUCUCAAAGUGUUUCUUUUUCUCUUUCUUUUUGUCUUUUCCUCUUUCUUUUUCUCGUUCUUUCUGGUUUUGACUUUUUCUUUAUCUGUCUUUUUCUUUCUGUUUCUCUCUCUCUCUCUCUCUUUGUUUCUGUUUCUCCCUCUCUUUCUUUCUGUUUCCUCUCUCUCUCUCUUUCUUUCUUUUCUCCCUCUCUCUUUCUUUCUUUUCUCUCUCUCUCUUUCUUUCUGUUUCUCUCUCUCUUUAUUUCUGUUUUUUCUCUCUCUCUUUGUUUCUCUCUUUCUUUCUGUUUCUCUCUCUCUUUCUUUCUGUUUCUCUCUCUUUCUUUCUGUUUCCCUCUCUCUCUUUCUUUCUGUUUCCCUCUCUCUCUUUCUUUCUGCUUCCCCCUCUCUCUCUUUCUUUCUGUUUCUCUCUUUCUUUCUUUGUUUCUCUCUCUUUUUUGUUUUUCUCUCUUUCUUUGUUUUUUUUUCUCUCUCUUUGUUUCUCUCUCUCUUUCUUUGUUUCUCUCUCUCUCUUUCUUUCUGUUUAUCUCUGUUUUUUCUCUCUCUCUUUCUUUCUGUUUCUCUCUCUCUCUCUCUGUUUCUCUUUCUCUCUCUUUCAAUGAAAUCAAACAUUGUCCCUGA